UGCGAGUUAUCUGCAUAGGUUUACGCGAACAAAGGAACAGCCAGGAACAACGGCUUCGAAGAAGAGGGAACGCGUUUAGCCCAUUCGCGACAAGACACCCUCGGCUGGGAGGAGGGCAUGCGUUGAAGGUUGGGUGUGUUUCUUCGCCGGGCUUUAUAGCCUUUAUUUUUCUUUCCAUCGAAACACAACGAUGCGGCUCGAUGGCUCGAUAUACGGGGUCCUGGCCUGCCUAGCAGGGUCGGCGGCGGCAGCGGACGACGGCACUCCGUCAAGUAAUUCGAUAUUCACUUUCAGCGGGUUCUCAACGCCCGCAGUCUACCCGGUGGAUGGGGGAACUAGGCAGAUACAGUACCACCGCCUAAGGCCCGAGAUCGAGGCGUUGGAGGUCCACGCGGUCUCCCUUAAACGCCACGACAACAACUUGACCAUCGCUGUAGGCGCUAUACCAUCCGGCACCAGUCUCAAAGAAUUAAACAGGAUACUGUUAGAGAGGCAGACCGAGCCGCCAUCGAUUCCGCCAUCGUCCUCGCAGCCAACCUUCCAAGUGACCAACGGCGCCCUGAUGCUGGACACCACCUCGAGUAGAUACACUGGUUACCGUUUCCUCAACGAGCCGCUGUACUACGAAAUCCAGUGGGGCAACUUGACCGUGAAUGGUAGCAGCUACAGCCAGCUAUUCGUCGUUGCAACCAUUGAUUUGCACCAACAAGCCAUAAGUAAUCUCGAAAGGCUAGGAACCGACCCGGCGCUACCUGAGAACGUUGUAAGCUCUAGUGGCGACGGCAACAGCACAGCGACCGGUGCCGCCGCUACGGCCAUACCCUCGGCCUCAGCGGCGACGACAAACGUGGCGUCGGACUCCAGGGCUGGCCUAAGCAUAGGUGCUAUCGUGGGUAUCGCCGUCGGGUGCGGCGUUGCGGGCCUGCUGCUCAUCGGCUUCCUCGUGUGGUUCUUCGCGUUCCGGCGGCGGCCGCGGGCGCCCGGCCGCGGGGGCGACGACGGCGGCGACGACGACGACGACGACACGGGCACGCGGUCCAUCGUGCGAGAGAAGGAGGCGGCGGUCGCGACGGCGACGACGACGGCGGUGACGACGAUGACGGACUCGUCGCCGCGGUCGGCGUACGCCGACGACGGCGGGCGCCUGCACGACCCGCGGCGGAGCGUCGGCGGGGGCGGGGGCGGGGGACCGGGGAUCGCCGUCACGACGGACGACGACGACGACGGCGGCGACGGAUACGACGGCGAGAGGGGCGCGAGGCAGCCCUCGACGUACGCGCCGUACUCGGACCGGGCGGCGUCGGCGGCGUCGGGCGGGCCGAGCGCGCCGACGCCGACGCCGGCCUUCGCCUCGCGCUACGGGCACCUGAUCGAGGAAGGCAUGACCGAGGACGAGAUCCGGCGGCUCGAGGAGGAGGAGCGCCAGCUCGACGCCGCGAUCGAGGAUGCCGGCCGCAACAGCCGCUUGGCGCGGUCGUCGUGA